AUGGUGUCUCCAUCGUCUCCCAUUUUGCCAUUUUCAUCUGUUUCUUCUCCGCUGUCAUCUUCGUCUAAGACAUCUCCAGUGAUGAAAGAGAGAGGAUAUCGAAACUGGGCGGAUCUUCCACCGGAAUUAACGUCAUCGAUCCUACUCCGACUUGGUGCAAUUGAGAUACUAGAAAACGCUCAGAAAGUGUGUAAAUCCUGGCAUCACAUCUGUAAAGACCCUUUGAUGUGGCGGAAGAUUGAUAUGCACAAUGAUUUGGGGCACGAACACAAGACCAUUUGUCGUCACAAGGCCAUGUGUCGUCAUGUUGUCGAUCGCAGCCAGGGAGGUUUGGUUAAGAUCGACAUUUGGUACUUUGGUACCGAUUCUCUCCUUGAUUACAUCGCCGAUAGCGGAUUUACCAGUGCAAUUGUGAAACUUCCAUUGCUUGAAGACCUUGAGGUUUCAGCCUGCGAUUUGUCAGUAGAGUCUCUGGAAGUUGUAGGCAAGUGUUGUCCAAAUCUGAAGACGUUGAAGCUAAACAACCCUUUGAUCAACUAUAAUGAUGAUGAGUUUGCCAUAGUAAUUGCAGAAUGCAUACCCAAACUUCGCCACCUCCAGCUUUUAAGGAACAGACUAACCAACACGGGACUGAAGGCCAUUCUUGACUCUUGUUCUCACCUGGACCACCUCGAUUUACGCGAGUGUUCCAACAUUAACCUUGUUGGGGAUCUCGAGAUGAGAUGUUAUGAGAUGAUCAGAGUUUUAAGAUUCACCCAUUGA